AUGUAUUCAGUUAUUGUUUUAGAUGAGGACAAAGAUGACUCUGUCCAUACCAAGACAGCAACUACUUCUCAGAUAGAUGUUCCUUCCAGUGAUUCAGAAACCCAAGACACUCGAAGAGAAUCAAACUGCCAUCAAGUUGCCUCUUUACUGUGGAAGGAUUUGAAAGAUGCGUACACUAACCUGUAUGUCCUCAAGUUUUGUAUCUGGGUGGCGCUAGCGACGUGUGGUUACAAUCAGAUGAUGACAUAUGUUCAAAUUCUUUGGGUUAAAAUUGGAGGAAAACAACAAGUUGCUUACAAUGGGGCAGUGGAAGCGGUUUACACGAUUAUUAGUGCUGUGUCAACUCUAGCAUUUGGUCAGCUGAAUGCCAACUGGUCCAAAUAUGGAGAGGCCUUUCUUGGCCUGUUGACUAUACUGCAAGGAGUGGUUCUGGCGAUCAGUGCAAAUACUGACUCUAUGUUUGUGGCAUAUACUGCUUAUAUCAUAUUCGGGAUGCUCUACAACAUAAUGCUAGUUAUGACUAACUCUGAAGUGGCCCGUUACAUCAAUGAAGACAGCUACGCUCUCAUCUUUGGAGUAAACACUUUUGUGGGCCUUAUCCUGCAGACAGUCUUGACACUGACAGUAGCUGGUGAAGGAGGUUUUGAAAUCCCCAUCAGAAGCCAGUUUGUGGUGUAUGGAGCAUACUUCAUUGUUCUGGGAGUGGUCUAUGCAGUCAAGUCUGUGUUCAACAUGUGUUCUCGAUAGUUGAGUGUAAAUUGUUUUAACUUCUUACAAAACUUACCAUUUUACUUUGAUAAUGUUGAUGUUUUUAGUUUCUUUAGGUUUGAAACAGAGUUUAGAUAAGAUAUUGCUCAGUAAGUUUAACGAUUUUAUCAUGGAACCAAUUCAAUGCUCAACAAUCACAGUUUGUGCAUAUAAGUUUAGGACGUUGGCCAGUUACUCAACGUUAAUAUUUUUUAGUUGUUUUCUUGUUUAGUUUUUUACUGUUGUUAUAAAUAAGUUCAUAUUGUUAAGGAAUAGUAUAUUACGUUACUAGCCCGGUAAGAGGUGUUUUUCUAUGCGAGCACGAAAGUUCCGGGAUUUUUGUGCGAGUACGGUAAAGCUUACCGGGCGAGUAACGUACGAUACUUUACAUCAUACUCCACAGAAAAAUUAGUACACUAUUGAAAUAUUUUUAUAUUUCAGAAAAUAAAAUAGGGCGUUGCUAUUAGCUGUUUAUUUCAUCAGCUGACUAAGGGCACAGUUAAAACUUUUACCGUACAGUGCACGAUAAAAGUACAUAACGUUACUUUUCCGUGUGUAUGCACGGCAAAGGGCAACUUUCCAGCCUAUCAAAACGGAUGGAAAAGUACCUGCUUCUGUGUAGUAUGAUGUAAACUAUUUAACCAUUGUGAACUAGCUCAGUAAAGUGUAAUUUUUUUAUCAUUGCCUACUGAGCCAUCGAAUUUAAGUAGAUUAAGUUACACACUAUGCCGUCCAAAAGUUUCUAUUCUUGUAUCAACUGACUAUUAAUUUCAGUAUUACAAAUUCAUUUUCUGUUCUUGCAAAAACUUAAAAUUUGUAAAAUUUUCAUUAUUUCAAACCAUGCUUUAUGAAUUUACAUCAUUGACUAUUGGAUACAGAAGAAAUGAUCCCAGACAGUAGAUCCCAUUAGUAUUAGUCCUCUUUAAUCUUCAUGACUGGAAAAAAUGAUGACAUGAUGACACUUUGCAAUCUUUCUCUACUAUACUGACAACAUCUCCUUCUAUUCUUCUGAUGUCCUUUAUGAUUUGAUCCUUCCAAUGGUUCUUUGGGAUGAUUUGGCUAUCCAAAAAUUCACCUUUCUUUCAUCAGAACUAAGUCUAAAUCACAUUUAAAUACCAGAUCUUCUGUAGGAUAACAAAUGUUUCUAUUUUUACAUCUUUAAACAUUUACUGUAGAAUAUGUAAUAGAAGUAUGGAAUAUGUAUAUGUAUGUACCUAGUUGAGAAUAUUGAAUAUGAGGAGUGUGCAGAGCAUUGCAGACAGUCAAAAGAAGUAUAUUUAUCUAUCAAUGUGUAUACCAGUGACAUAUCUCGUCAGAAAGAUCCACUUUUCCCCUUUGUGUUAGUUGCUCUAAUAUAUUUUCUACCACAUUACUGCAUCAGUUUGGAUGAACAAACUAAAAAUCAGAUCCCUAUACCCUUUUUUAGGACGCUGGGCAUGAGUCCUGGACUGUUUUUCACAUUACUUCAGGCUAGACCUAGGUGUUGCGGCAUUAUCACUUAGAUAAAAUCCAUUGGUGAUUUGGCCUGAUUUUAACCCGGGACUUCAGGGACCAAAGUCCCGCGCUCUAACCACUAGACCAGCUUGCUCCCCAUGGAUCCUUAUAAAAUCUCCUUAAGAUCCUUAUACCUAGUGAUAAAAUGGGUUUCCCGUCAAUAAACAAAUAAAUAGAUAUAUCCCACCAAUAUGUAAAUCCUCCCUUAUCUUAGCUGUUCUAAUUUACUCAGUGCCACACACUAUGUUAGUUCAGAUAAUCCUCUCGCUUAGUCAAAGUGAAAUGGAAUUUCAUUCAUUAAAUUUUAUCUAAAAAUAGUUAUUUUUGUAUUAUAAUAACACAAAGUUUGUCAUUGCCGCUCAAACAGUAUAAAAAAAUGGUUUCAUACAGUUUGAGUUUUUGAAGAUAGCCAUCAUUGAUGUUCUGCAAUGGUUCUUGUUCUUGCAUUAGGGUGCAUUUAUUAACCUUUUCCUUAACAUUUAAUUUUGUGAAUGUCCUAAUCAUGAAUGAUGAAAUGUUAGAGCUUUGUUAAUUAUUUACAGGGAAGAUUUUUUCAAGUUGUCGUCAAAUACUCAGGUAUACUAUUAAUAUAUAUGUAAGUAUAUGUUGAAAAAUGUGUCUUUAUCUACUUUUUGAACAUUUAGCUUUAUUGUGUUAGGCUAGCGGCAAGCAGUUUAUUUAAUUGUUUUUUAUUAGAACGUCCAUAGUUUUGAAGCUUUUUUUGCAAUAUACUUAAAAUAUAAUUAUUUAACUUUAUAUUAACUUAAAUCAUGUAUGUAUUAUUUAAAAAUCUUAGUGCGGUCUUUGGCAGUUUUUAAAUUCUCUUGUCAAGCCCUGGUUAUUCAGUUUUACUUGUACGAUUAAUGAUUAUUGUUGUCAAUCAUAACUUACCUGUCCUUCCUAUUAUUUAAAAAAUUAUGACAUUUAAUUAUGUUUUAUUUCCGUAGACUAUGUUAAGAAGGGGUUUAAUUAAUAUAUUUCGAAAUAAUAAUUGAAUGUAUGUAUAGAAUAUUCUCUAUUCUGUCAUGGGGUCAUUAUCACUUAUUAUUGUCAACAAUGUAUUGUCUUCCUAAAGGCCCCUAGAAGGGUUAUAAGUGACAUUCUGCAAAAAAGUGAGAUAAGUGCAUGGUUAAACUGGAAAUGUAUUAUUCUUUUUAGUAGCGAAUGGAGCUAAGUGAUAACUCCAUCCAGUGCUGCUUUCUAGCCGCAUAUCACAUAAACUCCAAGCGAAAUAUUACAAAUGUUUGGUGGAGAAGAGAUUCAAGCGCAAUUGGACCCCUAGUCUACUGUGUAAGUAUUUUCCCUUUCUGUCAUACUUUUACUUUUUAGAAGUAAAGGGGUCCAAGUGCGUCAGAGUAACAUUGGUAUAGGUUACCAAUAUAGAUAUUGUCAAUAAUUUUGAAUAUUUUUGCUUCUGCAACGAAUAAACAAAGACUACAGCUACCAAUCUGACAAAGAAAAUAAAUGUGAAAAAAAUCAUUGCAAUUACCGUGUAGGCUCAACUUUGAGCUCAAUUUACUCAAAUUUACUUUUUGUCACUUAUAACCCUUGCAUUCUAGGGGCCUUCUAUAUCCUAGCCUUAAAUACUACAAAAAUUAAACUGUUCUAUUUAAAUAUUAAAGAUGAAGUAAAAUGGGUACAGAUAUAAUCUUGUAUUGUGAUAGUCUCUAUCUGAUCCUUUGUCUGGAUCAACUCGCUAGAAUCAUGUGUUGUCUCUAUCUGAUCCUUUGUUUGGAUCAACUCGCUAGAAUCAUGUGUUGUCUCUUCUGGUCCUUUGUCUGGAUCAACUCCCUAGAAUCAUGUGUUGUCUCUAUCUGAUCCUUUGUUUAGAUCAACUUGCUAGAAUCAUCUGUUUUUUCUAUCCGAUCCUUCAUUUAGAUCAAUUUGUUAGAAUCAUGUGUUAUCUCUUUUGGUUCCUUUGUUUAGAUGAAGUCUAUAGUGUACAGUUCAGUAACCACACACAAUUUUACAGUUGUCAGUAUGGUCGGAUAACACAGAUGGUUGGAUAAAUGAAGGUCAUUUCAUCAAGACUCUUCUGUAUUGUAUAUUUUUUAUUAAAACAGAACUGUACUGACGGAACUCUCUCUCUCAUCCUCAUUUGUGCUGGCCACACCGUGCAUUUUAAGGUAUACUUUACUGUAAAUAAAAAGUAAAAACACACUUCUGCAAAAAUACUGUACUGCUUUUUGCUAAGAAAUUAUAAACGAUUGGGACCGCAUAUAGUAAAAUGACUAUCUGUACUUGAUAUCUCUUUGUGAACAGUUAGUCCACGGAACAAUAACACUACUGACUAAAAAAUAAAACUAUUAGACUUGGUAACGGCAAC